UUUUCACUUCCGCGUUGCCGAGGACGCAAACACGACAGACACUCUGCGUAACCAACGAUUUGGAAUAGGACUAUACUUGUCUUUAUAGAAGCGAGUAGAAGACCUAAAGUCUUGCUUUUCUGUCCCAUGUAUCUGGGUACACCAAUUCUUCCCCUAACUGUUCAAACUUUACGCGUUGUUGUGUUUGUUUACCAAACAGAAUUCGGUCUGUGCCCCCCUCCCCCUUUGGCAACUUGUCGCUAAUUUUUGAGGUCCAUAAAACUUGUAGCGAUGGAUCUGAUGGGCAGAGACAGUAUCCUGCAGCUGAGGGACAUGCUGCAGGCGGCAGAGCCACAGGACGACAGCAGCGACGAAGAGCUGACUUCUCAUCAGCCAAUGGCAAAGAUGGGCCCAGCAGAUGUUGGACCAAAGAAAAAAGCUGAAAAGUCAGCUCUGCCCCCCACGGCGCCCAAACCCCCCACCAAGGACAUCUGGGACGAGGAGGAGGUCGCGACAGGUGCAGAGUACGAGGACGUUCUGGACCCCAGGCCGCAGCCCGAGUAUGACGUGGUUUUCAAGCAGGCUGUGACGUCAGAAGACAUGUUCUUACAGAUGGGGAACAAGAACUUGUCUUCAGCCAGUUGUGAGGACAUGGUGGUUAAAAUCAAACUUCCUGGUCACAAGUCUUCAGAGGUGGAGCUGGAUGUCACCGACAAGUUUUUAGACUGCAGAACACCAAAAUAUAAACUUGGCCUCCACCUGCCCCACCCUGUGGACAGUAAGAACGGCCGAGCACAGUGGGUCCAGGACCAGGAGAUGUUAGUCGUGACGUUACGGAUGGUGCGAGACCUGGACUUCAUCAACUUCUGAAUCUUCCUCCUCCCAUCACAAGCAGCUCAUUACCUUGUGAUACUUGUACAUUUAAUACAGAUUAAAGGAAUUUGUAUAUGAAGAGAGGACCAAUAUUGUCAAUUGCACUUCAGAACAUAAUGACAAAGGAAUGCUUUAUGCAUUAUUGUACAUUGUCUUACAACCUUUUUAUGAUGUGAUUUAUACAGUAAUUUUUUAUCUAUGCAAUGAUAAAAUACUACAAACAAAUACAACUUCUCACUUAGGAUGACUUUAUUUCAGCUAGUGCCUUUUCAGUGUUGUUGUAAAAGUGAAUAGAAUUAUAGUUCAUAUGUAUUUCAAUCAAAGCCUGUUUCCAUUUCAUAAAUGGGGAGGGGAAUAUUUGUAACUUUUAUGGACAGAAAUGUGUUGGACAGUUCCAUUUUAUAAAUGCAGGGGUUGUCAGAAUAGCUGUACAUGUUGGAUUUGAAAGGUUCUAGCUUAUGAUGAGAAUUCUGUGUUCUUUAAGCUAACAGAAAAAUAUUUUGGAGUUUUGGCAAUGUUUAGCUUUGUAUCAAUAUGUGAAAUACAGUUGUAGCAGUCGUUAAAAGGUAUGGUUACAAAGGUGUACUUUUAGCUUUCAUCCCUCUCAGGUGUAAAUUAAGAUUUAUGUUUCUCUGUCUACAAGAAAAGUAAACAUUUGUUCUGGUUCA